AAUACUAUCCUCUUUAUGACUUGCAGCAAACCAGAGAAUGCAUUCAAUCAAAUGAACCGAUCUUGUAGAAACACUGGAAUCAUUUAUGCAUUGCAGUUUCUCUUUCUUGUUUUCGCUCCUUCUUCCCUGGGAUAUUUUGAGUGGAUUGUGGCUAUUAAUCAAGAUCUCGUGCUAUUCGUGUUUUGCUUGUCGUUUUCGCUCAGGAUUAGCAUCAUUCAAGGCAAACGCAAAGCUGCUUUUCCCACCCCCCCACCCCCCACUCUUUUUUGAAAAAUCAUUUUUGGGGGCUGCUGAGGAGAGCUAGGACCCAGGAGACACCUUCCCAAACAGCAGGGGUUGUGUGCUUUCACAUAGCAGUACUGUACAAGGAAAACCCCGUCGGAUCUGUUAUUGCGGGAUACUUGUGAAAUAUACAUAGGAUUCUUUCUUAUGGCUGCAUCCCGGAUCUGGAAAUUUUACUUGGGGACCAGGAGGAUUUGAAAGGCUACAUGUACUCAGAAGAUUUGCAAGCAACACUCCAAUUCUUGUCAUAGAGCUCACAGACUUCUCACUUAUCGGCUUUUUUCCUUCCUUAUUUUUUAAGAAUUAUUCUUAUUUUCCCCCCUCUUUUUCUGCUCUCUCCUCUCUCAGUCUCUCCUUUUCUAUCUGCCUCUUCAUUUUUCUCCUAGUCUGUUUUUUUUUUUUUUUUCCUGCUCUGCACCUGGAUUGUAUCUUCAGCAAACAAUCGGGCACUUUGAGAACUAACUGGAGACAGUCUUGUAGGGAAGAUCUGUAUGGAAUUAUCUGCUUUUAUGGUGAAAUUGGCAUUUGUGAAUGGGAAUCUUGCUCACAAUAUUAAUUGCUAGCAAAAACAAGAAAAAGAACACACGAGUAAAACGUGGAUUUUUCUGAAUACGCAUUGUGAUGACCAGCAAUUACCUUACCGACUAAUAUCCAGAGGAGAAUAAUUUGGAAGACUGUUGUAGGGAACAGCCUUUAAGAGCUGGAAGAUGAAAGCUCCGAUUCCACACUUGAUUCUCUUAUACGCUACUUUUACUCAGAGUUUGAAGGUUGUGACCAAAAGAGGCUCCGCCGAUGGAUGCACUGACUGGUCUAUCGAUAUCAAGAAAUAUCAAGUUUUGGUGGGAGAGCCUGUUCGAAUCAAAUGUGCACUCUUUUAUGGUUAUAUCAGAACAAAUUACUCCCUUGCCCAAAGUGCUGGACUCAGUUUGAUGUGGUACAAAAGUUCUGGUCCUGGAGACUUUGAAGAGCCAAUAGCCUUUGAUGGAAGUAGAAUGAGCAAAGAAGAAGACUCCAUUUGGUUCCGGCCAACAUUGCUACAGGACAGCGGUCUCUACGCCUGUGUCAUCAGAAACUCCACUUACUGUAUGAAAGUAUCCAUCUCGCUGACAGUGGGUGAAAAUGACACUGGACUCUGCUAUAAUUCCAAGAUGAAGUAUUUUGAAAAAGCUGAACUUAGCAAAAGCAAGGAAAUUUCAUGCCGUGACAUAGAGGAUUUUCUACUGCCAACCAGAGAACCUGAAAUCCUUUGGUACAAGGAAUGCAGGACAAAAACAUGGAGGCCGAGUAUUGUAUUCAAAAGAGAUACUCUGCUUAUAAGAGAAGUCAGAGAAGAUGACAUUGGAAAUUAUACCUGUGAAUUAAAAUAUGGAGGCUUUGUUGUGAGAAGAACUACUGAAUUAACUGUUACAGCCCCUCUGACUGAUAAGCCACCCAAGCUUUUGUAUCCUAUGGAAAGUAAACUGACAAUUCAGGAGACCCAGCUGGGUGACUCUGCUAAUCUAACCUGCAGAGCUUUCUUUGGGUACAGCGGAGAUGUCAGUCCUUUAAUUUACUGGAUGAAAGGAGAAAAAUUUAUUGAAGAUCUGGAUGAAAAUCGAGUUUGGGAAAGUGACAUUAGAAUUCUUAAGGAGCAUCUUGGGGAACAGGAAGUUUCCAUCUCAUUAAUUGUGGACUCUGUGGAAGAAGGUGACUUGGGAAAUUACUCCUGUUAUGUUGAAAAUGGAAAUGGACGUCGACACGCCAGCGUUCUCCUUCAUAAACGAGAGCUAAUGUACACAGUGGAACUUGCUGGAGGCCUUGGUGCUAUCCUCUUGCUGCUUGUAUGUUUGGUGACCAUCUACAAGUGUUACAAGAUAGAAAUCAUGCUCUUCUACAGGAAUCAUUUUGGAGCUGAAGAGCUCGAUGGAGACAAUAAAGAUUAUGAUGCAUACUUAUCAUACACCAAAGUGGAUCCUGACCAGUGGAAUCAAGAGACUGGGGAAGAAGAACGUUUUGCCCUUGAAAUCCUACCUGAUAUGCUUGAAAAGCAUUAUGGAUAUAAGUUGUUUAUACCAGAUAGAGAUUUAAUCCCAACUGGAACAUACAUUGAAGAUGUGGCAAGAUGUGUAGAUCAAAGCAAGCGGCUGAUUAUUGUCAUGACCCCAAAUUACGUAGUUAGAAGGGGCUGGAGCAUCUUUGAGCUGGAAACCAGACUUCGAAAUAUGCUUGUGACUGGAGAAAUUAAAGUGAUUCUAAUUGAAUGCAGUGAACUGAGAGGAAUUAUGAACUACCAGGAGGUGGAGGCCCUGAAGCACACCAUCAAGCUCCUGACGGUCAUUAAAUGGCAUGGACCAAAAUGCAACAAGUUGAACUCCAAGUUCUGGAAACGUUUACAGUAUGAAAUGCCUUUUAAGAGGAUAGAACCCAUUACACAUGAGCAGGCUUUAGAUGUCAGUGAGCAAGGGCCUUUUGGGGAGCUGCAGACUGUCUCGGCCAUUUCCAUGGCCGCGGCCACCUCCACAGCUCUAGCCACUGCCCAUCCAGAUCUCCGUUCUACCUUUCACAACACGUACCAUUCACAAAUGCGUCAGAAACACUACUACCGAAGCUAUGAGUACGACGUACCUCCUACCGGCACCCUGCCUCUUACCUCCAUAGGCAAUCAGCAUACCUACUGUAACAUCCCUAUGACACUCAUCAACGGGCAGCGGCCACAGACAAAAUCGAGCAGGGAGCAGAAUCCAGAUGAGGCCCACACAAACAGUGCCAUCCUGCCGCUGUUGCCAAGGGAGACCAGUAUAUCCAGUGUGAUAUGGUGACAGAAAAGCAAGGGACAUCCCGUCCCUGGGAGGUUGAGUGGAAUCUGCAGUCCAGUGCCUGGAACUAAAUCCUCGACUGCUGCUGUUAAAAAACAUGCAUUACAAUCUCUAGAACACGAGGAAAAACAGGGUCUUGUACAUAUGUUUUUUGGAAUUUCUUUGUAGCAUCAGUGUCCUCCUGUUUUACCAUGUCUUUUACCAUUACAUUUUUUGACUUUGUUUUAUAUGUCGUUGGAAUUUGUAAAUUUACAUUUUUUUUAAAGAAGAGACUGAUGUGUAGAUAGAAAACCCUUUUUUGGCUUCAUUAGUUUAGUUUUAGAAUGGGUUUUUAUUUUAUUUCCUUUUUUAAAAUUUUACUUUGCUUUUAACAUUUCCUUGGGGUGCUUGGACAAAUCUAUCCGAUGGGACAAGGAGCACCGGAUUCUUUCUCGGGUUCUGCCUAGGAUCAACUGGGCCACGUCGGCCUUCACAGAACAGUGCAACAAAUGCCAGCAUUGCCAUUCGGGGGAAAAAAAAAAAAAAAAAAAAAAAGAUGAGAAGAACACUUGUUCAUAGGAGGGCCCCACCAGUCAGAGCCCUGAAUCUCUUCCUUGUCCCACCUCAUUCCCCACCUCUACCUUUCUAAUGGCGGCAUGAUGUGUAAACUCUGUGGAGGGGUGGGGGCGGGUCUAACUGUCUUAACAUUCAAGUCACUGCUCUUCAGAAUACACUCUAGACCCAAAGGUGUGCUAAUCACUUCACAGUGACCACUACAGAGUACUAAGAAGAGAAGAUCAAGGGCAUGAAAUUGGGGAAGAGUGUUAUUUCCGUUUUUUAAAUGAGUUGAUGUACCCUUAUAUAUAUAUACAUAUAUAUAUAAAUAUAAAUAUAUAUAAAAACAACAAAACAAAACAAAACAAAAAAAGAAAAAAAAAACAAAAAACAAAAACAAAAAAAAAAUCAAGCCCUAUAUUUGAUCACUUCCUGGAAAGGCAUGAAUGUGUUUGUGGCUGUUUUUGUUUAAUCUUCUACUUCCUCUUUUCCCUCUAUAAUUUCUCUGCAAAUGAGAUUCUGUGCAAAUGCCAGGCAAGUUAAUUCAAAAGAGUGAAUCAACGCAAGUCAAAAUGAAAUUUACACUGAAGGCUUCCAAACCAAAGGGAAGGACAGGAUGUGUCAUCAAAUAUGUUUUGUCACCUUGUAUUAUACAAAAUGUUAUUUUCUAAAGAGUCAGAGAAAAUCUGUGAAACUUAUUAUGCGGCCCCCUUGUAAUUAAAUGUUAACUCCCUUGUAUUUAAUUUUCAACACUACAUUAAGUGGUUUCAGUUUGUGGACAUAAGCAACACUUAUUAAUAUCAAGGUGUUUAGGAACUCAGGAGGUCAAACAUAUGAAUACCAACAGAGAUCAGUAUUUUCAAAAUAAACAUUAUUUAUACAAAAUAGUUUUUAAAUUAGAUCAGAAAGUAUUUAAAAUAAUUAAUUUUACUGUAUAAAGAAUUUGCUUUAUUUUAGCUAUGUAAUUCUAUCUUUCAGAAAACAGAAAGCUGAUGCUCCCAAGAAAUUCAUCCCUUACCAUUUAGCUUUAUGUUUGAAAUCAAUGACAUAAGCAGCUAAUUCAUAUUCAUGUGAAGGUUGAUGCAAAAUCAAUCACAAAGGAAUCUGCAGAGGGCAGAGUUGUUAAAAGGAAAUAUUACCUAUGUAGCUUUUAGUUUUUAAAAAAAAUCAAUGUGAUAAAAACACUGAUAAUAGAACUUAUACAUUAAUUUAGUGAUUCAUUGUAGGAACUCCCAUCCCAGUCAUCAUCUGUGGGCCUGUGUAGUGACUACUGUACGUUUGGUUUAUUCCUACCACCAUUUAGUGAGAAAACAAUUCUACACUUUUGGUCACAAUAGUAAGGUGGCCACACACACACACACACACACACACGUGUAAACUGCAAUAGGGUUCAUUGGGGAGGGUGAGGUUAAUUUGCAAAUAUAUGAAGAAGAAGUGUAAGCAUUUGUAACAAUGAAAAGGUCUCAGUAUCUGUGUGACAAGGUAAAGGAGCCUUGGGAUGUGCAUUGAUUAUUAUUUGCUUAAAAAUUGUUUAUUUCCCUGACAACUCGCCUGGGUCCUUCUCUACAAUCUGUUCUUUAUUCCCGUGCUCUCCCCUUGGAUCUGUGUCACAUUUUCACAAACCAGAACUGAAGCUGCAAGGACACAUAAAACUUUAAGGUCAGCUUUGCACAUUGGGUUAUUUUCAGAAUCUGAGAAGGCCAUUGUUUACUGUGUACUAUGGACAGCUGUCAGGGACUGGUGGCAGUGUACCUCACUGGACUGGAUUCCAAACUCCCCCAGUGCUCAGAAAACUGUAAACGUGGCAAUGGCCUGAUUUAUCUCUUUGUUUUUUAAUUUUUCUUUUCAGUGCACGAUGGAAAUGUGGAAUAAAUGUAGAGGAAGUAAUCAGACCACAGUCAUAUUUUAGGCAUCCAUAGGUGUUAAUUUAGCUGCAUUGGGAGUACAUUUUUUGUUCUAUUUUUAGUGUAGAUUUAAGCACUUUGAAUAGCAUGAUUCAGGGAUUGAUGGGUAAUAUUUGAUAUUCUCACAACUUAUGAAACUUCUUUUUCCUCUAAUGCUUUGUCAUAUUUAAAAAAUGAAAUAAAUGCAAAAGAAGCUAUCUAUGGCUUUAGAAACAUUCCUCCCAGGUAUUCCUCUAUCAGCUCCAUGUGAGAAGAAAUGAAGGAAACUGUCAUGUGUUCACGUGCUCUAUGUUUAACAAAAGUUCUGUUAGAACUCACAAUAAAAAGAGAAAAAAAUCAAUGUCCCCUAGUGCUUAGGUUUCAUCCUUCGCUUUUUUCAGUGGGGGCUGUGGGGGAUAAGAAUAUUCUAGUUGUAAAAACACAGUUGAAAGUGUGAGUAUGUUAGCCAAGCUGGGGGAGAGAAUGGACUUCCAGACUUGGACAUACGUGAUGUUUGGUAUUGCCAGUUUUUCAUCAAUUGCCGCUCGAGCUCUGAACGACACUUUGUGGAUUCAAAAGAUCAUCCGGUUCUUUAGUGUAACCUCUACUUGCUGCUUAUGAGCAUCCUACCCCUUAUUUGGGUGCUCAAAACUUUUGCUUAUUUAAUUUGUACUGCAUUCCUUAGGUCUCCUGUGGGCAGAGAAGACAUUUGUAUCUCAUGUAGACAGCUGAUUUAAGUUUAGAUCAAUUCUAUGAAACAAAUCUGAGACAUGAGUUAAGAGACCUGAAUCUACUAUAUUUCUAUAGCUAAACACUUGAUUGCUCAAACAGUAAACCACUUUGUGAUUAUAACUUUCUUCAUAGUAUAUGUAUUUGGACCCUAUCAACUUAAUCUUAAAAUAUAGAUGCUGGUUUCUUCCAUAUUUCAUUGCUAUCUAGCAUUUUAUAACAAGAAUAUUAACUGAGAGCCAACCCUUAAACUGUAAGUCUUGUUUAUCCUAGAAUAGUCAUUAACUUUUCAGAUAUCAUUUAUAUAAAUUAAGAUCACCAUUUCUAGGAAAACAUUGAUUCAUACAUUUGUGAAUUAUUUUUGGAUUCUGGAAUGAUGCCCUAGUUCUCCUUUUUGUAAGGAGUAUUUUUUUAAUCUUGUGAUUAAUUUCUUUAUUUAUUAGGUUAAGUUUGUAACAUUAGUCCCAGAAGAAAGCAUAUUGAAAUUUAAAGGAUAGCAUCAGCAUUAUACAAAUGAAAUGACUGACUGGAAGUAAGAGAAUACACAGACAUAGAAGAGGAAAAUCCCUUCCUGUCUCUGAUCUGAACUUGCUUGGUCAUUAAUCUCAUUAUUGACAUAGCUGAUUAAUAGAGGUGAAAUAUUAUUAAAUAGGUUAGAAAUCCCAUCUACAGACAGAUACACAUUCCCUAUUGCUGAGGAACUUUUCUAACAGUAUAUACAGUUAUUACCAAAAGAUGGUGAUGCAACUAGAAUCCCUAAAAGGAGAAGCUUAUCAAUGGAAACAGAGGCUAUUCCUUGCCUUAUCAUGAAUCCUUUACACUUCUUUAUUGUUCUGAACAAAGAAGGUAACCAAUAAUCAAAGUUUGAUUAUCCUUAAUAGUAGAUCUUAAUCUUGGGUUCAAGGAUACCUUGUGUCUAUAAAAAGGAAUAAAAUAACAAAGCCCUUGAAAUUCCAGACAAAAUUGUUAAUGUGCUUUUAAAACGGUGUUCGUCUGGGUGUGAGUCUCAAGACAUCUAGCACCUAAAAAGCUACUGAUGUUUGGAUUUAGAAGAUAUUCUCAAAAACUGAUAUUCAGAUAAACCCACAUAACUUACAGGCAUUGUUUUGUCUACCACUGUCUACCUUCAUUCAUAAAAACUCUGGAGAUAAUUAUUGUUCUACUAGAGACAAGUCUCCUUCCAAAAUGGCCUGGCUUUGUGGGAGACUCAGCAUACUGUAAACAAAAAUUUUGUAUGAUGACAAAUAAUUCAUGCUCAGAUAAAAACUAAUUGGCUAUCAUUGUCGUGAUAAUCUUACUCACGUCUUCACCCAUUCUAAAAAUAGUUUGGGGUGUGUGAAAUUAUGUAAUUUGGCAAUGAUGCCUUAUUUCAGUAAAUUUAUUUAUGAUUUAUGUUUAAUUAUUUUUCCUACAACAUAACUAAGAAUUCAUCCAGUACAGGAAAAGAAGAAACAAACAUUUGACAUGUUUUUCUAAAAAAAAAAGAAAAUCCCACCAAGUUUUUUUUUAGGCAAAGAUUUAGAAGUGGCUAUAUAUUUGAUUUUCAACAAUUAUGAUUUUGCCAGUUUCAUAAAUUAUGAUAUGACUUUGGAGGAAUAUGAAGAAUUUUGAGAAUAAAGUUAGGUAGUGGUUAAAGUUUUACUCUUACUUGCAAUUGGUAGCAAGGUGAAAGGUUAUUCUAUGUUAAUAAAUUGAGAUACUGUCACAAGGAGCUUUAAGAUCUAACCAAAUUUGAAUAAAGCAAGAGAAGGAUGAUAUGAUGAUUAGUUAAUCCUAAUCCUAAAUGAAUGUGCCUUGUCAUCAUCAAAUUUCCAUCACAUCCAUAGAAAAUGGAUAUAAUUUUGGAUGUAAAAAAAUUGGAGCUCAAUUCCAAUCUUCUAUCAAGUAUCAUUUCUUCCUUCUAGGCUCAGAACAUAAAACAUGUCUGUGUGUGUGUGUGUGUGUGUGUGUGUGUGUGUGUGUGUGUGUGUGUGUGUGUGUGUAUGUAUUUCUCUUGCUCAUUUGAAAAUUUUUCUCUAAAUAGCCUCUGGGUCCACUGACAAACUCAUGUUUCUGAAUUCUUCGUUAAAGUAAGUAAAGUACUAUUGUUUCUUCUACCAUUCACUAUCUUCAUUGAUGCAUUCCCCGUGGUCCAUAAGUGUUUAGCAUAUUCUCUUUUUAACAAGGGCAAUCACUCUUAAAAAAUCAUUACACUAUGUUCUCUCCACUACUAAAUGAAUAGAAUCGGAAAAACUGCACAUGAACUUGAGAGUAUUACAUGUAAUAUUGAUGUGUAAAUUUUAACCUUCAUAAUCCAGAUAACAUUAAGUUUCAAAGGGCAUGCUGUGUCAUUACAAAAAGAUUUAAUGUGAAAUGACAUUAUUACAUAGUGCAUGAAAAUGUGGCAAAGUAAUUUGGAUCUAUCUUUACUAGUCAAUGAGAGAUUAAAUUUGGGGAGAUCAGAUGUGACCGUUUAGGUUAAUUCUCAACUGGGAUGAAGAUAUCUUAAUGUUAGGAUACAUGGGUGGUUGUCCAUAUUCCUUGCAGUAUAUGCUCCUCUUAACUAGAAUCCUUAGUGUAUUCUUUCCACCAAAGUAGUGGAGGUAUGUUCACAUAAUCUGCUAUUGAACUGCAAAAACUUUUACAGUUUCAGAGUUUGAGGGAACCCAAAUAGGAAAAUUGAUGGAGUCAUUUUCCUCUGCUGGUGUUCAAGUCAUAUUUGAAACUCAGACACUCUCAGAUCUGUUCAACAGUCAGUAAAAAGUGCAUUUUUACAUAGUGUUUCCCUUUAGUUUUGCCUACCCUCUUGAUUUUGUACAAUCUAGAAUGUAUGUAACUCAUGCGUAGGUGAUGGAGGCGCUUUUUUUCUUAGAAUACUUACAAUUAUAUAUUUGGUUUUGCUUUGACUAGCAAUAGGAAAAUAGACAAAUACAAGUGUAAAAAUGAGAAAUUUUAAACUCAAAUUAUAAUUUGUGUUUUAUAGUCGUUUCAUAAGUCUGUUGCUCUCUAUGAGUAUGCUCUCUAUAUAUCCUGUAAAAAUAAAUUUAUAUGUUACAUAGAAAUUCAAGAAAUUAAAUUAUUUAUUAAGCUACAAAUGUUUCUUCUGGUUUCUACCUGAUCAUAGAUGAAAAUAAAUUAAAUAAUGUGUUGUUGGAACAUAUGUAAGUACGUUUGUUAAUUUGAUAACUCUUGUUAAACUUUUCCUUCCCUCUUUUUAUGUCUGUAUAAACUUAUAAUUCUUAGGCCUAAUUCCUAUUGUGAUGGUGAAGAAAGAGACUUAAGAAUGCCCAGUUGGCUGGAAAAAAAGAAAAGAAAAGAAAAACCUUCUUUAAAAAUCAAGCCCAUUUACAAUCCCUUUUUUCUCUUCACUACUGGAUUAAGGAGAGGUUUGAAUCAGUAACUCAGUAACUUAAAAGUCAUUAUCACAUUAAUGGUUUUCUCAAGGUUAAAUUCCACAUUUGUCCCUUUAUUUUAUAAAAUUAUUUGAGAAACAGAAAUGAAAGGAAUGAUAACAUGUGAGUCCUUCUUUGCUGUUUCCUUUCCUUACUUCUUGCUCCCCAGGUAUUUUAUUCCUUUCUUUUUAAGGUACUACUCACAUAAUGACCUUAAAAUAAAGUCCCCUCAGGUAACAUUUUAAAGUGACCAAGAUCUUUAAUCAUCUUGUUUUUCUGCUCUGUUCGCAUCUACUUGAAGUGCACAGUCAAUCCUAAAGGGAAAUGUUUUUGGCCUUACUUCUUAAGUUUAAGAUAAAUAACCUUAUUAUUUAUUUGGGAGGAGGAGAAUGGUGGUAAAUCUUUCCAUCAUAAGCAUAACAAGUGAACAACCAUAAGCCUCUUAGAAUGAAUGAGCUGUUUAAGCAGAAUGCAUAUCUUAAAGAAACAGCCUUUUAAGAAACACUUAUCAAAGAUGAAGCAGACAUAAAUCAUUAUGAAAAUUUAAAGUAAUAGUUACAAAAGGCCCCGUAAGGUUAUUUUAGAUUGGAUUUCAAAGUAGUUAGCAUAUUUAAACUUUCUUAAAGCCAUUUCUACCUCAGUAGGAUUUUUAAAUGUGAGAAAAUAAACUAUUGAAAAAAUAAAAUGUUAUAAGGAUCAUAAAUCAGUGUAUAAUUUGCAUAGUACAUUUUAAAUUGUGAAUCAUAUUAUAGCAUAUGACCCAUUAUUCAAAAUAUCAGGAGAGACCUCUAUAGUUGAAGAAAGUUUGGGAUUGUUUGUGCACUUCAGACACACACAUAAAUUCUCAGGAAUUUUAAUUACAUUCAUACUAUUGACAAGUGGUUAAAAGACUGAUAUGGGCUGGGCGCAGUGGCUCACGCCUGUAAUCCCAGCACUUUGGGAGACUGAGGCUGGCUGAGGCCAGGAACGUGGCCUCAAAGACUUUGAGACAAGAAUGAGGUGGAUGUAUUUGAGGAAGAAAAGGAAGGCCAUUGGCUGGGCGCGGUGGCUCACGCCUGUAAUCCCAGCACUUUGGGAGGCCGAGGUGGGUGGAUCAUGAGGUCAGGAGUUCAAGGCCAGCCUGGCCAACAUGGUGAAACCCCAUCUCUACUAAAAAUACAAAAAUUAGCCGGGUGUGGUGGUGCACGCCUGUAAUCCCAGCUAUUCAGGAGGCUGAGGCAGGAGAAUCACUUGAACUAUUAGGGAGGUGGAGGUUUCAGUGAGCUAGUAUCAUGCCACUGCACUCCAGCCUAGGUGACAGAGCGAGACUCCUUCUCAAAAAAAAAAAAAAAAAAAGAAAAAGAAAAAAAAAAAGAUAAA